AUGAAUAACACGCUCGGCAGCUUCCGCAUUCUCCUCAUCUCCGUCGCCGUCUUCACCUGCCUCUCCGCCAUCCUGGCGUCUCUCCGCUUCGGCGCCCGCGCUCCCUCAAUCCUCCAGUACCUGAAGCCGAGUAGAAUUGGGUCGCAGUUCGGACAGGCGCAACGCCCGCUUCUGAACAGCAGCAUGGCGCCUGAGAUGUAUAGGAAGCCGCCGCAGUUGCCGCCCAAGUUUACGGCGACGCCCGGGAGCUUGAUAGAGGAUACGAAGAGUCUGAUUGACAGGUCGCGGAGCGUCCAAGAUGGCAUCGUGAAGGAUAUUACGCCUGAAAAGGCGACCUUCAAGAACGUUAUGCUCCCCGUUGCGUACGACGACAACAAGAUGGCGAUCGAGUCCCACAUCAUCGGCUUCUACCAGGCCGUGUCCACAAACAAGGAGCUGCGCGAUGCGUCGACAGAGGCGGAAAAGCUGCUCGACGACUUCGGCAUCGAGUCGAGCAUGCGCGAGGACGUGUUCAAGCUCGUCGACGCAGUGCUACGGAAGAAGGAGCCGCUAGAUCCGGAGUCGCAGCGAAUGCUCGAGAAGGACCACAAGUCGUAUAUCCGCAACGGGUUGAGCGUACCAGCAGGGCCGAAGCGCGAUCGCUUCAAAGAGAUCAAGAAGCGGCUGAGCGAGAUCAGCAUUCUGUUCCAGAAGAACCUCAAUGAAGAGCAAGGCGGCAUCUGGUUUGCGCCCGAGGAGCUGGAUGGCGUACCGGAGGAUCUGGUGGCUUCGUUGAAGAAGGGCGAGGGCGAGAAUGAAGACAAGGUCUGGCUUACGUUCAAGUACCCGGAUCUCUUCCCGACGCUGAGAUAUGCGAACAACGCCGAGACGCGCAAGAAGGUCUUCGUCGAGAACGAGAACAAGUGCAACCAGAACGUGCCUCUGUUCCAGGAAGCAAUCCUGCUGCGAGACGAGGCGGCUCGUAUCCUAGGGUACAACAACCAUGCAGAGUUUCGGAUAGAAGACAAGAUGGCGAAGACGCCCAAGACAGUGGACGAUUUUCUUGGAGACCUGCGAACUCGUCUUGCGCCGGGUGGCAAGAAGGAGAUUGAGAAGUUGCUCGAGCUCAAGAGGCAGGAUCUGAAGCAGCGUGGGCUCAACGAUGGCACGGAUAAGAACUACUUCCUCUGGGAUCAUCGGUACUACGAUCGGUUGAUGCUCGAGAAGGAUUUCUCGCUCGAUCAACAGGUCAUUGCAGAGUACUUCCCUCUGCAGACGACCAUCCAGGGCAUGCUUAAGAUCUUCGAGGAACUUUUCGGCUUGGUGUUUGUCGAAAUCGUCGGCGAGGACCGAGCUGCGCUUGCGGAUGGAGGCAAGAGCUCAGACAUCGUUUGGCAUGAGGAUGUCCAGAUCUUCAGUGUCUGGGAUGAUGAAGGCGAGGGAUCCGGCUUCGUCGGAUAUCUGUACCUUGAUCUCUUCCCGCGAGAUGGCAAGUACGGCCACGCCGCCAACUUCAACCUCCAGCCAGGAUAUAUCGAUGAGAACGGCAAGCGAAGGUAUCCGUGCACAGCCCUUGUCUGCAACUUUUCCAAACCGACUCCAAAGAAGCCUUCGUUACUGAAGCACGAUGAGGUGGUCACCCUUUUCCACGAGCUUGGCCAUGGUAUCCACGACCUCGUCUCCCGGACCACAUACUCUCGCUUCCACGGCACAAACACGGUCCGCGACUUCGUCGAAGCGCCCAGCCAGAUGCUGGAGAACUGGUGCUGGACUCCUUCGCAACUGCGCUCUCUGUCUCACCACUACUCAUACCUCUCUCCCGAGUAUGAAGCUGCAUACAACGAGAGCUCCGGCACGGAGAAGAAGCCCUCUGAGCGCAUCCCCAACUCGUUGAUCGCCAACAUAAUCAACACGAAGCACGUCAAUGAUGCAUUAUUCAACCUGCGGCAGCUGCACUUCGGUAUGUUUGAUAUGACGGUACAUGAACCAGCUAGCCAUGAGGCUAUCGAGAAGCUGGAUAUCUCGACUACGUAUAACAAGCUGAGGCAUGACAUCAGCCAGCUUGAUGGACCGGAGGUGCUGGGUGGUGAUUGGACGUGGGGCAAUGGGCAGGCGACGUUUGGUCAUCUCAUCGGUGGAUAUGAUGCUGGAUACUAUGGCUAUCUCUCCUCACAAGUCUACUCUACCGACAUGUUCUACUCCGUGUUCAAGGACGACCCGAUGAACGGUAAGGAGGGUCGGCGGUAUAGACACACGGUGCUAGAACGCGGCGGCAGCAAAGAGGAGAUGGAUAUCCUAAAGGAGUUCUUGGGUAGGAAACCGAGUACGGAGGCAUUCUAUAAAGAACUUGGCAUCUCACAAUAGAUGCUGCAUAAGUGGGGAGGUCCACAGUCCUUGUGCAUUGCGUGGUCUGCAUUCUAGCUUAGAUGUAGAUGAUAACUAGGCGUACAGGAUAUUUUGGGUAGUGUAUUUAGUACAUGACUGGAGGUCAAUGGGUAUAUGAUUUUUGUUACGGCAUCACUUGGACCAAAAAUAAGUUUUAAUUGUCG